AUGGAGAACUCUCACCUGCUGAACAUCCCCUGUUCCAAGCAGCUUCUAAUCUUCUUGCUCUGUCAGUUCGUGGCUUCGUUCUGCCUAUCCUCUUUCAUCUGGGUGUCCAGAGGGCAGAGGAUGAAUCUUCAAUCUACCCUGCAGUUGUCCCUGGGAUCUAGGAAUACCACCGAGGUGGUUCCAAACUCUGUGGAGGAAGAGAAGCAUAAACUAGUCAUUCUGCUGUGGACCUGGCCCUUCCAUGUGCCGUUUCCCCUUGAAAGCUGUCCACCACUCCACGGCACCUUCGACUGCCACUUCACAACCAACCGCAGCUGGUUCUCCUCGGCCAACGCCGUGAUCGUCCACCACUGGGACGUGCAGGGCAACCCAAGUCAGCUGACCCGGCUCCACCGGGACCCCAGCCAGCGCUGGAUCUGGUUCAAUCUGGAGCCUCCGAUAAACAGCCGCAACCUAAAAGCCCUAAAUAACCUCUUCAACAUGACCAUGUCCUACCGGAGCGACUCUGACAUCUUUAUCCCCUACGGCAAGCUGGAGCCACUGGACAAGCCAGAGAACUUCACCAUCCCCCCGAAAUCCAAGAUGGUGGCUUGGGCUGUGAGUAACUGGAACCCAUCCUCCCGCCGGGUGCAAUAUUAUGAGGAGCUGAAGAAACACCUCCAGGUGGAUGUAUUUGGGCGCCAACACAAACCACUACCCAAGAGUCAGCUCCUCUCCACCGUAUCCCAGUACAGGUUCUACCUGGCCUUCGAGAAUUCCCAGCACCAGGACUACAUCACCGAGAAGCUGUGGCACAACGCCCUGGCCUCGGGCACCGUGCCCGUGGUCCUGGGCCCAUCCCGCAAGAACUAUGAGCGCUUUCUUCCCCCAGAGGCCUUCAUCCAUGUGGAUGACUUCCCCAGCCCCCAAGCCCUGGCCCAACACCUCCACAAAGUGGCCAGCGACGAGGCUCGUUACCGGGAAUACUUCCGGUGGAGGAGCUCCUUCCGAGUGGUGCACAGGUUCAGCUGGAUGUGGCAUCUUUGCAAGGCCUGCCAGGCUCUGCACGUAGCCACCACCUAUCAGACGGUCCCCUGCUUGGAAGAUUGGUUCCUGGUGGGCUCUCACUGA